UGGGUUUCGGCCCGAACUGAAUGACUGGUACGGGUACAAAUUGCCGCGCCCUUCCUGAAAAGAAAAAUUUCUGUAGUCUGAAAUCUGAACUCUUAUGACUUCCGGAAACCCUGAAAGACGAAAAGAGAAAUAAGCAGAAGAGAUCGAGAUAAAGGGAUACGCGUCUGCUGUAAUAUCAGAAAUCGAACGAGAACUACAAAUCCUAAUGAAAAUGGUUUGUUUCUAGUCUUUGGAGGGACAUGACCCAUGUCUGCUGUCUCACACCCUCCAGGGCUUUGUAUGUUGGAGGAUCAGCGUUAGGAAAUUUAUUGAAAGCUCGAUUAAAGUUUCCUCAAAAGUAUCCAAAUAGGCAGAUUCGAAUGGCAACGACCCACAAUUCAAUCGUUACUAGUGGCAACAGUGAGUCAAGAGGUGCCUUGAUUGUUCUAGAAGGCUUGGAUCGUAGUGGGAAGACUUCACAGUCUAGUAGCCUACUCAAAUACUUGGAAAGACUGGGACAUUCAGCUGAAUUAUGGCGAUUUCCAGACAGAAGCACGAAUGUUGGGCAAAUGAUAUCAUCAUAUCUUUCCAACAAAUCACAAUUGGAUGAUCACACAAUCCAUCUUCUUUUCAGUGCAAAUCGUUGGGAGAGGAGAAGGAAAACAAAAAUUCCAGCAUUUGAUAAUAAAAUAUUCAGUGCAAGCAUUAGAUGCUCAAUCCUGUUACAGGCCUUAAGAUCAUUGAUGGAAACUAAACUGAAGACUGGAACCACCCUCAUUGUUGACCGUUAUUCUUAUUCUGGAGUGGCUUUCUCAUCCGCCAAAGGACUUGGUGUUGAAUGGUGUAAGGCACCAGAGAUUGGGUUGCUGGCUCCAGAUCUCGUACUGUAUCUUGACAUACAGCCAGAACAAGCUGCAGGAAGAGGAGGAUAUGGAAGUGAGAGAUAUGAGCAGCUCGAGUUUCAGAGGAAAGUUGCCCAAUGCUAUCAGGACCUUCAUGAUGCUUCCUGGAAGAUAAUUGAUGCUUGCCAACCUAUGGAAGAUAUCGAGAAACAGCUGCAAAAUAUUGUAUUGGAUUGCAUCACCACAUGCCAGAACGGCAAACCCCUUUCCAACCUCUGGUCAAUUUAAUUCUCCACCCCCUCUCCGCCCUCUUUUUUGUAUGUUAUUGUGUUUUGAAGAUUGUCCGGUUUAGAAUUCUGGUGCUAUUAUCUCCAAAUAUUUAUAAAAUAAAAAAAAUCCGCUAGUGUUUUAAGUAA